AUGACUUUGUCUCCACCUUUGCUGAUCAUUGUCGUUGGAGCGGGUUUAAUCGGCCCACGCCAUGCCCAACAUGUCAAAAGCAACCCAAGUACCACUCUUUCUGCACUUAUUGAUCCGUCUCCGAAUGCCAAAAAAGUUGCUCAAGACCUCCAAACUCCCUGUUAUCUGUCGAUAGAGGAAUACUUUGUUUACCUCCAAGAAAACAAUUUGAACGCCCCAGAUGGUGCUCUUAUUUGCACCCCCAACCACACACAUAUCAAAAUCGCUGCAGACUUGGCUUCUAGAGGAGUCAACUUGCUUAUAGAAAAGCCUGUUAGCAUAUGUCCAGAGGAAGCUAAGGCUUUGAAAUGCUUUGUUCAAGAUAAGGAUGUUCAGGUUUUGGUGGGUCACCACAGACGCUUCAACCCGUUCAUUAUAGCUGCAAAGGAGAACCUUGAUUCGGUAGGAGAUGUUAUUGCUGUUCAAGGGUCAUGGGCCCUCAAGAAACCACUCUCUUACUUCACGGCGUCUCCCUGGCGGACAGACUCCAGAAGCGGAGGCGGGCCUUUACUCAUCAACCUUAUUCAUGAUAUUGACAUUUUGCAAUACUUGUUUGGAAAAAUCGAAAGGGUUUACGCAGAACCGAUUAAAAAACAGCGUACAGCUUUCACAAAUGUUGAUGAAGGUGCUUCAAUUGUCAUGAGAUUUGAAAAUGGAAUUACGGGCACCUUCAUCUGUGCAGAUAACGUAACUUCGUCCUUCAACUUUGAGGCAGGUACGGGUGAGAACCCAUUGAUCCCAACUGAUGAUAAGAUUGAAGGGUUUUAUCGCAUUUUCGGUUCAAAAGGCACUCUUUCUGUUCCGGAUCUCACAUUGUACCACCAGCAAGAUUUGCCAGAUCACGAACAUGGUUGGAAUAGCCCUGUCUCGCAAACAACUCUUUUAAAUAAGAGGAGUCAUCUUCGACAAUUGUUGCCUUUUGACGCGCAACUCGAUCAUUUCGUGGAUAUCAUACGUGGAAAAGCUGAUCCUCUCUGCACGAUUGACGAUGGAAUGUCUUCUCUUUUAUGCAUCGACGCAAUUCUAAAAUCACUUGCAACAGAACUUCCGGAAAGAGUUAAAAGUGUUAAAGAUAUUGAACCAGACUUUGAAGCUUUAGGCGUUGUAAAUACAUAG